AGGUGAUAAUCAUGGACCCGUUCACAACGUAAAUUGACCCAGUUUCAUCAUGUCCAUGUUUUACUCUGGCGAUUCUCCAGAUUACUCACUAUGCGGCAAUGGUACUUUGGAUUGCGCCCCUUGCGUCUGGACGAAUUUGUCCGCUUUACCAGCGAGUAUUUUAGAUACGAUUCCGGCUUCGGAAGAUCCAAGAACGGAAACUUUGAGAAGGUACUCGUACGGAGUGGCUUUGCCUUCAAUAUGUCUAUUAGGAAUAGUUGGGAAUAUAUUCAAUUUGAUUGUGCUUACCAGGAGGAAUAUGCGGGGGACAGCUUAUAUUUAUAUGAGAGGUUAUUCUGCAGCAGCCCUUCUAGCUAUCCUGUUCGCCCUACCGUUUGCUUGGAGAGUAUUGGUGCACCGAGAACACGGACAUUGGGACAAUCCAAUUCCGGCCCAUUAUUUUGCCCAUCUAGAAUUGUUUUUAGGUAAUGGUUGUCUAGGAGUAGGUGUAAUGAUGCUGUUAGCUCUCACCCUGGAACGUUAUGUGAGCGUGUGUCACCCAGGACACGCGCGUCCGAUCCUAGGCUCGCCCAUACGGGCAGUAAUCUUAAUCCCAAUCCUCACCUUUAUUUUCUACAUUCCUGUCAUGUUUAGGAGCUACGUGAAAACUUGCAGGCUCCUGCCAGAAGGCCACUUGAUCUACCAACGAACCGAAAACACCCAAUUCAUAUCGCACCCUGUGUAUAGCGUCUACAAAGUUUUACUGGAGUUUAUUUUCAAGGUUGUACCUGUUGUUUUGUUGGCGGCACUGAAUUUGAGGAUACUAAUUGUUUAUAGAAGAUCUUGCGAAAGACGUAGAAAAAUGACUAUAUGUAGAACAACAUCAGGUGAAGAAGACCCAAGAAAAUUUGCAGAAGAACGCAGACUGGUACUUCUCCUAGGGUCAACUAGUAUACUAUUUCUAGUAUGUGUUACCCCUAUGGUUAUCCUCAACGUAACUUUAUCUGAUAAUAAUUUAAUGAAAUAUCCUUAUCAGGUAUUCAGAGCAAUUGCCAACCUUCUAGAAGUGACCAACUACUCAAUUACCUUCUACAUCUACUGUCUUUUCUCGGAGGAUUUUCGCAACACCCUGUUGAGGACCCUCAAUUUAGGUGACCCCACUCCUGCUAGAGGGCUGAACAAACCUCCACCAGUGACUACCACUACUGUAACGUUACACACACAAAAAGGUGUUUGAUAUAAGGUUUCUUCAGGGUCGGAAAUAACUCCUUUGUAAAUAGAAAAUUGAUGAAAGGCUGUUAUAAAUAUUUAUACUAACACAAACAUUACAGCCUUUAUUUUCAUGUGAUACAAGAGGAAAUUAAUACAGAUUCAAAACAUUCAUAGAACAUAUUAUUUUUCAAUGAGCAUGUGGAAAAUUCUUCUAGAAGUUAGGGGCAGAUAUAGGUAUACUCUUUUUGACAAUAUAAUGAAAUCACUAGAGUAAUAUACUUAGAUAUUUUCCACAUACUUUGUAGAAAAACAUAAUCAUUUUUGAUACCAAACUGUAUAGCAGAUAGACAAUAAUAAAAGAAAGAUUUUUUUUGGGUUGUAUAUUUGAAUAAAAAACUAUAAAUAACCUAUUGGUAUUUUGAUUUGGCAUCAAUAAUCAAAAGAAGGAGUAGGUAAUUCUUGCCUGGAACUUUUUUCCAGUGUCUCAUACAUCUUUACAAAGACAAAAUUCAUUGCCACCAAAAACUAACAGAAAAACUCUUAGUUAAUGCAGUAACAUGAUGCCACCACUUGACAGGCAAAAACAGCAUUUCCCCCGGCCCCAAAACGCAUUUAUACAUUUUGGCUAAUUUGAAUUUAGGAAAUUUCUCAUAGUCUGGAUUUAUUGGAUCAAUUUGAGCUGUAUUUGAUAGCAAAGUAUCCUCAUGGGGAUACAAAUAAGGAGUAUCCUCGGGAGAAAACAAUAUCAGUUGCUUGUAGCCAUACACUUGAGCUAAAAUGUUAUUUUUUGGAUCUUGGUGCAAGGGUGAAACAGUGCCUUUGGGCCCUAACCAAGCGUUUAUAUCUGGCUCAGUAGAUUCUUCAUAAUUCAAGCUGCAGCAGCAAUAUUCAGGAACCCUAAUAUCCUCUUUUAGUUCGCUUAUUUGAUCAAAAAGAUUAUGCUGAGCCAAAUAUCCAAUAUUACCAUGCUCAGACAAAUAAUGCUCUUUAAUAAAAUCUCUUAGAGUCAUUAGUUUUUGGCCCCAAUCUUCAUCAGUAUAACGAGAUCCCAAUUCAAUUGGGACUGUUCUAUUUCCUGCUAUUUUGAGUAAAUAGUUGAGAUCUUGCCAUUUGGUUGUUGCAGGCCAAUGAGUCAUGCAACCUUUUAGUUUUAAAGGCAGUUGUGGGUUGAAGAAUUUACUGAUGAAAGUUUCUAGAGAAGGAACUUCUAGUUCUUCUAUUUUGUUUUCAGCAAUAAUGUUGACAAUACACUCUUUAUCAGUAUUAGCUUGAUUGAUAACAACUGGUUCUUCAACUAAUUGUUCUCUAAUUAUUUUAGCUGUUUCAGUUAGAAGUUCUUCAUUAUUAUUAAUUGGGGCACCCAAAAGCAGUCCCAUAUCUACUGAUUUUAGGCAUUGCUGUAGUAAAUCAGUAUCAAUUUUAUUGGAAAGUUGCAGCAGCAAUAAUGCCUCAACGAAAGAGGCUAUGGUAUAGUUUUGCCUGGUUUCUAUAGGCACUUUACUCCAA